AUGUAUCUGUCUGUCAAUCCAACUUAUUGUCCUCAUCACCGUAUGUGUAGUUUCAGCACGUCAACCUCACAGCAAAUUGAUGCCAACACACUCAACACUCACUUUGCUUCCAUGUCAACCGACCCGUCCUACAAAACUCUACCAACAAAAGCAAAAACAAUCAAUAGUCGUAAACAUCAGCAAUUUACCCCAUACUCCGUCCUGCACAUGCUAACAAAGGCCUGUCCAUCCGGUACAGGUGUUACAAUGGCUCCCCGCCAACAUGACCAAACUUACGCCGAAACCUCUAACUGUGAGGAAGUUAUGAGAAAAAUUGCAAACUUGAAACGAAUACUGCAGAGAAUUGAACACAAAAUUGACCGUGUCUUAGCAGAAGUUUCGAAGGACCAAACAAACCGCGACAAAGUUUCCAACCACAUUAACCAUCUCCAAAAGCCAGAAUAA